AGAUAGCUAGAAAAGGGUGAGAUGUGGUAUCAUCUUCGUUGGCUAUCACAUCAGUUAGAGGCGAGAUACCGAUGUUCGUUAGUGCCCACAGUCUGCGUGCGAUCAGCAAAUACUAUGCCCACCAAGAUGAAAGUAGCCUGGACAAACUGUGCCACUGGACUAAUCAUAUGCACACUUUUAUCUUGGCUAAGCUCCAUAAUGUGUUGUUUGCUCUAUAUUUCGGUACGAUAGCACGCCGUAGUCCCUCGCCAGCUGGGAUCUCCCGUUCCUCAUAUGGCAGUGUUGGAUCCACCGAGAAUAUCCGCAUUCGGGUCGAAGAGGAUUGCGGAGUCAGUGAAUCAACGCCCCUGCUGGCUGCAACUCAGAGAUCCAUUAAGUCACCCACAUCUUCUGCAACCUCCUCUUCCUCCUCGUCGCCUUCCUCCGGAAACUCGAUCCUCACAAAAGACUGUCUCAAUUGGCGAUCGGUCGGAUUUCUGGUCAUGUGUGCCUCCGCCUUGGCACUGGCCGUCUAUUUACUCUGGAAACAAACCCAAAUGCCGGACUUUGGCUACCGACUGAGUCUGGUAGAGCAUGAUAUAUGGUCGGAUGCGGAUCUUCAGGGUCAAGGAACUCUAUUGGAUCCGAUUAAUGUAAUUUUUACGCAUACAGAGAGCACCGAGUGCCGAGAAGAUUGCCCAGAAGUUAUACACAAGCUGCAGAAGUCCCUUUUGGAGGAACUGCCCUACAAUUUCUUAAUCGCCGGAGACUGUCAGGCCUUCGAAGCCUGUGGAUGGCAAUAUACCAGUAAUUUCUCGAGGGAACAGCCUGGAAAUAGUUCUCUGGUGUUGGCCUUUGUGGGCAACUUCAGCCGAAAAGCACCCAGCAUUUGCCAGUUGAAGACGGCGCAGGCCCUGAUCCUAGAAUCCCUGAAACGCAGAAAACUACAGCCAGAGUACCAACUGCAUGUGGAGGGCAGCAAUACGGAGGCACUGCAGCAGGAGUUAAGCCAAUGGCCACAUUAUGCCGGCCACCUAAAAACCAAGUGAAUGAUAAGCAGAAGGUUCCAAGUUAUUCCUCU